GUGAGGCGUUGGUGAGCUGAUGAGGCGAGUUGUGGUCCGAGUCCGACACAGAGGCUCACUGUACCGGGACCGACCAGGCAGGAACGCUGACCGGGUACCGGGUACAGUUUAGCACGGGACUAAUAUAAACCGGGAUAUCACUGUUACUGGGCUUUACUCUGUCUACCAGGCGCCAUGUCUGCCAAGGCCAUCUCCGAGCAGACGGGGAAAGAGUUCCUGUACAAGCACAUCUGCACGUCGGCGGCCGUCCAGAACCGCUUCCUGUACGCCGCCGUCACGGCCGAGACGGACUGGGAUCGACUCUCGCGGGACCACCCAUGGCUCCUGAGUCAGCGAUUGGUGGUGAAGCCCGAUCAGCUGAUCAAGCGCAGAGGAAAGCUGGGAUUGGUGGGCGUCGACCUCGACCUCCAGGGCGUCCGGGAGUGGCUGAAGACGCGCAUGAUGAAGGAAACCACGGUCGGAAAGGCGAAGGGAAUCCUGAGGAAAUUCCUGAUCGAACCGUUUGUUCCACACUCGCAGGACGAGGAGUUCUACGUGUGUAUUUACGCCACGCGGGAGGGCGACCACGUGCUCUUCCACCACGAAGGCGGCGUGGACGUCGGGGACGUGGAUUCCAAAGCUCGGCGUCUGACGGUCGGCGUGGACGAGAAGCUCGACGCCGAGGCCGUUACCGAACAGCUGCUCACGCACGUCCCCGACGACAAGAAGGGAGCUCUGGCCAGCUUCAUCGUUGGACUCUUCAACCUGUAUGAGAACUUGUACUUCACCUACCUGGAGAUCAACCCGCUCGUGGUCAAUCAGGACGGCGUUUACGUUCUGGACAUGGCGGCUAAGAUCGACGCCACGGCCGAUUUCAUCUGCAAACCCAAGUGGGGCGACGUGGAGUUCCCCCCUCCUUUUGGGAGGGAAGCCUAUCCUGAGGAAGCCUACAUAGCAGAUCUGGAUGCUAAGAGUGGCGCGAGUCUCAAACUCACCCUGCUGAACCCUCGGGGACGCAUCUGGACCAUGGUAGCUGGAGGAGGCGCCUCCGUCGUCUACAGUGACACCAUCUGUGAUCUGGGCGGAGUGGACGAACUGGCCAAUUACGGCGAGUAUUCCGGGGCGCCGAGCGAACAGCAGACGUACGACUACGCCAAGACUAUCCUCUCGCUCAUGACCCGCGAGAAGCACCCCGACGGUAAGGUGCUGAUCAUUGGCGGGAGCAUUGCUAACUUCACCAACGUCGCGGCUACGUUUAAAGGUAUAGUGCGAGCCAUUAAGGACUAUCAGGGCCCUCUGAAGGAGCAUGAGGUGACUAUAUUUGUGCGCCGCGGUGGACCGAAUUACCAGGAAGGACUCCGGGUGAUGGGAGAAGUGGGAAAGACCACCGGGAUUCCCAUCCACGUCUUCGGCACCGAGACUCACAUGACCGCCAUCGUUGGCAUGGCGCUCGGCCAUCGUCCCAUCCCCAAUCAGCCUCCGGUCGCCGCCCACACCGCCAACUUCCUUCUCAACUCCAGUAGCAGCGCUGCGACUCCGGCAACCUCCAGAACCGCUUCAUUUUCCGAGCACCGAACCACCAACGACAUCACACCGGCCAAAAAGCCCAAACCCGGAGUUCCACCAGCUUCUUUCUGCCAGUCUUGGUUUGUGAGGAACGUGGCCAGUGCCAGAGCGACAGAACACCAGCGCACGGCAGACCGGAGUGGAGCUAAAGCCACCACUCUGUUCAGCAAUCACACCAAGUCCAUCGUUUGGGGGAUGCAGACCCGAGCCGUCCAGGGAAUGCUGGACUUUGAUUACGUCUGUUCUCGAGAGGAACCCUCGGUGGCCGCCAUGGUUUAUCCUUUCACUGGAGAUCACAAGCAGAAGUUCUACUGGGGUCAUAAGGAGAUCCUGCUCCCGGUCUAUAAGAACAUGGCGGACGCUAUGAAGAAGCAUCCGGAGGUGGACGUCCUGAUCAGCUUCGCCUCCCUGCGCUCUGCCUUUGACAGCACCAUGGAGACCAUGCAGUACCCACAGAUCCACACUAUAGCCAUCAUCGCUGAGGGAAUCCCUGAAGCUCUGACUCGAAAACUGAUCAAAACCGCUGACGAGAAAGGAGUCACCAUCAUCGGACCGGCAACGGUGGGCGGCAUAAAGCCGGGCUGCUAUAAGAUCGGAAACACCGGUGGAAUGCUGGACAACAUCCUGGCAUCGAAGCUGUACCGCCCGGGCAGCGUGGCGUACGUGUCGCGGUCAGGCGGGAUGUCUAACGAGCUGAACAACAUCAUCUCCCGCUCCACAGACGGAGUGUAUGAGGGCGUGGCUAUCGGAGGAGACAGAUAUCCCGGAUCUACAUUCAUGGACCACGUGCUGCGUUAUGAGGACACUCCCGGAGUGAAGAUGAUCGUUGUGCUCGGAGAGAUUGGAGGCACUGAGGAGUGCAAGAUCUGCGAGGCGGUCGCUGAGGGCAGGAUCACCAAACCUGUGGUGUGCUGGUGUAUCGGCACCUGCGCCACCAUGUUCUCAUCAGAGGUGCAGUUCGGCCACGCGGGUGCUUGCGCCAAUCAGGCGUCGGAGACGGCCGUGGCGAAGAACGAGGCGCUGCGUGAGGCCGGAGUUUACGUUCCCAGAAGCUUUGAUGAGCUCGGAGACGUAAUCAGGUCUGUGUAUGAUAAGCUGGUAGAGGGCGGUGUGAUCAUUCCAGCACAGGAAGUUCCUCCCCCUACAGUCCCGAUGGACUAUUCCUGGGCCAGGGAACUGGGUCUGAUCCGUAAGCCCGCCUCCUUCAUGACCAGUAUCUGUGACGAGAGGGGUCAGGAGCUGAUCUAUGCCGGGAUGCCCAUCACUGAGGUCUUUAAGGAGGAGAUGGGAUUAGGAGGAGUGCUCGGCCUGCUGUGGUUCCAGAGGAGGUUACCCCGGUACGCCUGUCAGUUCAUCGAGAUGUGUCUGAUGGUGACGGCCGAUCACGGUCCCGCUGUGUCCGGAGCUCAUAACACCAUCGUGUGCGCUCGUGCCGGGAAAGACCUGGUGUCCAGCCUCACGUCCGGCCUGCUCACCAUCGGAGACCGUUUUGGCGGCGCCCUGGACGCGGCAGCCAAGCAGUUCAGUAAAGCGUUCGACAGCGGCAUGCUGCCCAUGGAGUUCGUCAACAAGAUGAAGAAAGACGGCAAACUGAUCAUGGGCAUUGGGCAUCGGGUCAAAUCGAUCAACAACCCGGACAUGAGGGUGCAGAUCCUGAAGGACUUUGUGAAGCAGCACUUUUCCUCCACGCAGCUGCUGGACUACGCUCUGGACGUGGAGAAAAUCACCACCUCCAAGAAGCCCAAUCUGAUCCUGAACGUGGACGGUCUCAUCGGCGUGGCCUUCGUGGACUUAUUAAGGACGUGCGGAGGGUUCACACGGGACGAGGCGGACGAGUUCGUGGAAAUCGGCGCUCUUAACGGGAUCUUCGUCCUGGGACGCAGCAUGGGCUUCAUCGGUCACUAUCUGGACCAGAAGCGUCUGAAGCAGGGUCUGUAUCGGCACCCGUGGGACGACAUCUCCUACGUGCUCCCCGAACACAUGUCCAUGUGACCUCCAUCACCCCCGUCAGCCUAGAUGUUCGUCUCUCCUCGUCCUGUCUCUGACCUGAUACUGCUCUGUGUUACUGUUGUUUCUAAAAGCACUUUCAUCCACUUCCUGUCCUAACACAAGAGGAGCGACGUCUACACCAUCAGCACCGAGACCAACGCGCUGCCGUAGCGCUAACUAGCUAAUGUGCUUCAAUAAAAGCUUUGCUCAUGACCUGCCUGGAAAAAACUGCCUUCAGACACACACAUGAAAGCCUGAUCGUCGUAUAAUUAGCUAACUCGCUAUGUUGUAACCUUUGAUACUUAGCCAUGCGACGUUUAGCUUCCACCUAGAUUUACACGUUCGCCGAAUAAAUACGUGGUUUUUAUGUUA